GGGAAUAUUAAGCCUUAACCUGAUUAGAGGCCACGACGCCGGUAUAAAAGCCAAUUUAGAGGGGGGCGCCAGAUUCAGGUGGUGAGCUUUCCCUUCAUGAUGUGGUCGCCUCUGCUUGUGUGCUUGCUCGUUGCAGCUACUAACUGCGAGUACAAUCAUGACACCAACAUUAAUAAACGGGACCAAUACUUCCAGCAAAGCCACAAAAAUCUGACCAGCGUUCCAUCCAUCAGCAACUCCACAGGAAAUGAUGGCGGCCACAACGAUCUGGUCGCUGGAUUUGCUGAUCGCAAACCAUUUGGACAUUUUGAGACCCACCCUUCCGGUUUCUCUGAUUCCUCUAUUUCUCCCGACUCUUUUAAUUCUGUCAACAAUGAAACAUCUGGAUGGAUUCCACAACGUCCUGAUGAUGCUAUAAUGAAACAGUUUCUAAAGUUCAACACUUCAGAUAGUAUCAUGACGGACCUCCCCAUUAAGCGGCUUAGGACCAGGAAUGACAGUAAUAAUGUUCACUCUCAUUACCUUCACCGACGAGAUCUAACCUCAGUCACUUCCCUCAUUAUUGACCUUGAAUCGCUCGGUGCUGAUAAAAACAAAAACGUCACCUCUACCCCUAAAGAAUCUGAAAAGAGCAACUCAAAGUCAUACAUCAACGGAAAAUACGAUAGUAUUUCGGGGAAUAAUAUAACGAGUGACAGUCCAACAAUUCCUUCCUCUAAAUCUUCUAGGUCGAGUGGUUCAUGGUCUACCUCUAGUAGCAGUAGCUCAAGCAGCAGUAGUUCUAGCAGCAGCAGUAGCAGCAGUAGUGAAGAAAAAUUAAGAAAUGCUAACUAUUCUGGUAGGAUGGAAUGGCAAAAUCAUAAAAAGCAUCGUAGUAGUUCUAGUAGUGGUGAGAGUAGUAGCAGCAGUAGCGAGGAAGAAUUAAGAGACGCAAAUUAUUCUCACAGAAUGGACAGGGUAAAGCAUAGAAAUCAUAGAAAUUAUGCAAGAAUUGAAUAUUUUAACAAUAUUUACUGAUACUAAGAAAAAUAUUUUCCACUUUUUCAAAUGAAAUAACCAAUUUUUAGUUUGAGCAAAUUCACCUGCUUUUAAAUUAAUUCAAUCCAAUUGAGGUUUUAAAAUUAAAUACAAUUAAUCUCAAUCGGGCGAAGCUGUUAAAUGUUUUGAUUUUAAAAAUGGAGCUUUCUACUACACCCUCCUUGUUAUUCUAACAACUUUUGAUUCACUUGUAUCAUUACCAUGAAUUCUAUCAAUUCUAUUUUUGUAGUAUAUGUAUGCAUAAGAAUAUAAUAGAAAUACAACAAAAGACAGUUCACUGUACUUAUUUAUUUUCAUUUAUGAAAUCUGUGAUAGCUCGUUGUGAGAGUAAGAUAGAUCAUUUUUGAAUUUUCAGUAUUAUUAAAACGAUAGACUGAGAAAAUGUGGUCUUCAAUCGCUGUUAAAUAUUUUUUUUUUAUAAAAAGAAAAAAAACUCUUUUCAACUAUCUUCUUACAAAAAACGAAGAUAAAAGACGAAAUCAAUAUUUGGAACUUGCGUCGCAGAAAAUUAGCGACAAUCCAGCUUGAAGCGCAAUAUGCUCAUUUAAAUGAGUCAACAUGCGCCAUAUUUGCGUUAACUUUCAUGUUUAUCUUUUGUAAUUUUAUUUAAGUUUCGAGACAAAGGCAAAAACAAAAAUCAAAACUAGUCGUAGAUUUUACAUGUAUAUUUGCGCAUUAUUGUACUUGAAACUGUAUUAUAGCUAAUCGGUAUUUAAAUAAAAUGAUCAUUUUUUCAUGUUUA